UAUGGAUUCAGAACUAUUAGAUACAAAAAUUCUUUCCAAAAUUUUGAUAGAGAAUCACUCAAAAAUACUAAAUUAGCAAAAUGAGCAGGAUAAAUAAUAAAGGUUAACAAUAUUUUGGAUUUAUGUAGGGAUUUGAAAAUAGAAGUUUAUAUAUAAGAGGCUUAAAUAAACUUUAAUAUAAAGAAAUUGAACUUAGACUUCUAUAAAAAUUUAGGCUAAGAUGUUUACAUAGCAGAAUUAAGUUCAUAAAUCACUAUCAUGAUGUAAGAAUUUAACUAAUAUAGAGUUUUUCAUUAUGAUUUUCCUAAAAGUCAACCAUAAAUAUUUGCUACAAAAUAAAUGAGUCAUAGAUUGAUUGAUCCUGAUACAUGGUAAAUAAAGGCUAAGUGGAAUGACUCACUUAUUUAAAUGAUGAAGGAUAUUGUGAAUCAAUUUGCAACGUAAGCUCCUGAGGAUGAUUAUAUGAUCGAGCAUUUGAUGAAAAAUCCAGAUGAUUAAUUUUAAAAACAAAUAAAAGCAAUUUAAACUGUUGAAGUAAGAAAACUAUUUACUAAUUGUUCCCCAAACUAAUUUUAAUAAAAUUUGUAGCUUGAUUUAACUCCAUUUAUAAUGUAAUUAGAAGAAUAUAAAAAAAUUUGUAAAUUGAUAGUGGAAAGAGCAUAAUAAAAUAAUUUAAUUGGAGGUAUUUUAGAAUAUAAAAUGAUUAGAAUCUAUUUAAUAAAUUAUGAGCGAGAACGCACAGUUAAAGUUAGAAGUAGAAGCGAAAUUGUAACAUUUUACAGACAUUUAAUUUGAAGGAUAUCCUUUAGAUUAAUUUUGUUAGAAAUUAGCUAAAGUAAAUUUGAAUAAAAAAUUUUUAGUCAUUCUCUGAUAAAGAAUUAGCAAGAGUAUUGGAAAAAAAAAUAUAAAUGUUAGAAUAGUAUAGAGAAGAAAAAUAUGAGAAUAAAAUUAAUGAGGAAGAUGAAAAGAAAUUUGAAAAAGAUAUUAAAGAAUAUUUGGGAAAAAGGAAGGAAUAUUAAAUAUCCAUUUAAAAGAGAUAAUAUUGUUUGAGAACUCUUUAAAAUAAAUAUAAAAACUGA